AUGUCAAAUAGAAAAACUGAAUCAGCACCUUGUGCUAUGCUUCCUGGAACAAGUAAUUUAGGUAUCGGAAAUGUUAUUCCAAGUGCACCAUCGCCUCUAGUCGAUGCUGACAGGCAUGAGAUAUCCGAGGUUCCACAUACCGGUAGCUUCUUAAAAUUCUUCAACGCUAGUAGCGUGUUGAAUAUCUUUGGACGUGGCUUCUUGGCAGAACCUGUGCUACGUGAUGAAGAAGAAAGCUAUCGUUAUCUGAUGGCUUUAGAUCGUUACUGA